UUUCGAUACCAGUUUUGGUGUGUGCUGCUGGUUGUUUCUGCUGUUUCGAAGAACAAUGCUCCCUAGCUCGUGUGCAAAAUGACAAGCCAUUGAAGCAUUCCAGCUGUCCAGCAAAUGCAGAUGGUGCAGUUACAUCAAGGAUACCGCCACCGCUGUAACUCCUGUGUCUAUGAGAUGGAUAAACUGUGAUCUGAAGUGCUCACCAGGAUCCAUGCAGGCCAGCAUGUGUUUGAAUUCCAUUUGUGCCCUCGGAGCUUCUCGCGAAUGUUCAAGCUAAGGCAACACCUGCACACUCAUACAGCCAAAAGGCCAUUUCAGAGCCCUUUACGCUCCUAGAGCUUCUCACAAAAAGUCAUUCUAGAGCAACACCUGUGUAUCCACAGAGGUGAGAUGCCAUUUCAUUGCCAUUUAUGCGCUAGGAGCUUCACGGUGAAGUCUACAUUGAAGGAACACCUGCGGAUUCACACAGGAGAGAAGCCAUUUCAGUGCCCUUCGUGCCCUCGGAGCUUCUCACGAAAGAGUACUCUGAUGAAACACCUGCACACCCAUACAGGCGAGAAGCCAUUUCAAUGCCCUUCGUGCCCUCAGAGGUUCUCACAAAAGAGUACUCUGAACCAACACCUGCACACCCAUACAGGCGAGAAGCCAUUUCAAUGCCCUUCGUGCCCUCAGAGCUUCUCACAAAAGAGUACUCUGAACCAACACCUGCACACCCAUACAGGCGAGAAGCCAUUUCAAUGCCCUUCAUGCCCUCAGAGGUUCUCACAAAAGAGUACUCUGAACCAACACCUGCACACCCAUACAGGCGAGAAGCCAUUUCAAUGCCCUUCGUGCCCUAAGAGCUUCUCACGAAAGAGUCAUCUGAACCAGCACCUGCGAACCCACACAGGCGAGAGGCCAUUUCAGUGCCUUGCAUGCCCUCAAAGCUUCUCAGUGAAGAGUAAUCUGAACCAGCACCUGCGCUACCACACAGGCGAGAGGCCAUUUCAGUGCCCUGUGUGCCCUCAAAGCUUCUCACUAAAGAUUACUCUGAACCAACACCUGCACACCCACACAGGCGAGAAGCCAUUUCGAUGCCCUUCAUGCCCUCGCAGAUUUUCACAAAAGGGUAAUCUGAAGCAGCACCUGCACACCCACACAGGAGAGAAGCCAUUUCAAUGCCCUUCAUGCCCUCAGAGCUUCUCACGAAAGAGUCAUCUGAACCAGCACCUCCACACCCACACAGGAGAGAAGCCAUUUCAAUGCCCUUCGUGCCCUCAGAGCUUCUCACGAAAGAGUACUCUGAUCAAACACCUGCACACCCAUACAGGCGAGAAGCCAUUUCAAUGCCCUUCAUGCCCUCAGAGCUUCUCACAAAAGAGCACUCUGAACCAACACCUGCACACCCAUACAGGCGAGAAGCCAUUUCAAUGCCCUUCGUGCCCUAAGAGCUUCUCACGAAAGAGUCUUCUGAACCAGCACCUGCGCACCCACACAGGCGAGAGGCCAUUUCAGUGCCCUGCAUGCCCUCAGAGAUUUUCGCAAAAGGGUACUCUGAACCAGCACCUGUGCAUCCACACAGGCAAGAAGCAAUUUCAAUGCCCUUUAUGCCCUCGGAGAUUUUCGCAAAAGGGUAAUCUGAACCAGCACCUGUGCACCCACACAGGCAAAAAGCAAUUUCAAUGCCCUUCAUGCCCUCAGAGCUUCUCACGAAAGAGUCAUCUGAACCAGCACCUGCACACCCGCACAGGAGAGAAGCCAUUUCAGUGCCCUUCAUGCCCUCAGAGCUUCUCACAAAAGAGUACUCUGAACCAACACCUGCACACCCAUACAGGCGAGAAGCCAUUUUAUUGCCCUUCGUGCGCUCAGACAUUUUCACAAAAGAGUCAUCUGAACCUGCACCUGUGCGCCCACAGAGGCAAGAAGCCAUUUCAGUGCCCUUUAUGCCCUCAAAGCUUCUCACAAAAGUCGACAUGGAAGGUCCACCUGCACUUCCACUAAUGUGAGAGGCUGUUUCAGAGCCGUUCAUGUCCUGAGAACUUCUUGUGGAAGUCUGCAAUAAACCAACAGCCAAGCAUCCACACAGGCGGGUGGCCAUUUCAGUGUCCUGUAUGCCCUCAGCAAUCCUAAAGAGUCCUUACUGAAUGACCACGUGUGCAUCCACUCAGUGAGAGUCCAUGUCAGUGCUCUUCAUGUACUCGGAUGUACUCAUGGAAGUUCGCACUGAACUUCACUUCCCCUAAUGUGAGAGGCUGUUUCAGGGUCCAUGUCCUGGGAACUUGUCGUGGAAGUCUGCACUGAACCAACACCCGCUCAUCCACACAAAGUCCGUAGUGAAGGAUCACCUGUGUACCACUCAGGGAGACACCAUGUCAGGGCUCUUCAUGUCCUCAGAGUUACUUGGAGAAGUUCACACUGAACUGACACAUGCACAACCUACAUAAGAGGCCAUUUCAGUGCAACUUUUACCAUCAAACCUUUGGACAUAAAAGCCACCUCAAUAGGCACCUCGCCACCACUAGUGCACCUGACACAUGCAGUGCAGCAGUGCUGAGUUGUGUGCACUCCUCAUUGUUCCUUCUUGCUUUUCAUAUUUUCCUUAGUUUUUUCAUGGAAGCUCAGCAUAUGUGUACACCUGUAGUUCUAUACUAGGAUGAAAUAUUGUGUCUUCACUUUUCGUUAUUAUGAUAUUUAAGCUCUUUGUUGCAGACAAGCACUUCUUUCUGCAUUGAAAUGUUUAACUGCUCUUUACUAAAUCAGUUGUGUGAGUUUUUCAGCGCACUAAUAAAAUUUGGGAUUGGGUUUUGUUAAUUAUUGAUAUUUCAAUACUUCCACUAAUAGCAUGUAAUGUUUCAAUUCAUUCGCAUCUAUUGUGCUGAACACUUCAAGAGAAUUUGAGUGGCUAUUUACUAUUGCUAUGUAAUGCAGUUAAAACAACCUUUUCUCAGGAAUUGAAAUUAUGCACUUAUGUGCUUUUUUUAUUCCUAGUGUGAUUCAACUGGUUUCAGUAUACUAAAUGCACUGGUAUGAAAUUUUUUUGCUCGUAAAGAUCCAUGCAGACCUUUGAGAACCUUGAAGAUUGCUUCACAAUAAAACAUUGUUCUCUUGGA